CUGUGGGCUGUGCCACAGCCGUGGGGUGAAGCCGUUGACAUACUGAUUGCUGCUGCCAGAGCAUUCCCAGAACCCUUGCCAGCAGAGGAUAAUGGGAGGAGGUUUUCCAGCCACAGCCUUGCUGCACAGCUGGAGCCGGGUGCAGCCGGCUCCCCUCCUGCAUCUGUGUCUGCUCCCCCGGAUCUGGAAAGCCCUGCCAGAUCCAUGCUGGCGCCCGUUGUGAUGGAUGCACCAGGGCUGCCUGUGCCGGCCCCGGAUCAUGUCUCUGACGAGACAGAGGAGGAGGAACUGGUAGAUGGCGCAGUACUUGUGAUGGCACCACAGUUCCAGGCCGCCGAAAUUUUGCACCUUGCUUUGAGCUUCCCCCUUGCAAUGGAUGCUUUCCUGAAUCAGGCCAGGGAGGCUCUGACAGCAUUGCGUCUUAGGUUCUCAACGGUUGUGGUACCUGUUUUCCCACAGCUUGGCCCCGACUAUGCCACUGUACUGAUACUGCCAAGUUGGUUGACGGCAGCAGGCAUGCAGGUCGUUGUCUAUGACUUUCGCCCUCUCUCAGGACCCGUGUACUCAGCAUACUCCUGGGACCGCAUUACCUAUGGAGACUGUGUCCGAGAGGCCCGGAGACACAACGUGCUUGACUGGCAGGUUUUCGUCAAUGGCCACACGCGUCCUCUUGAGCAUGAUGAGUCCUUUCUUGCGGUGCCAGGUGGUGUGCUCCAGUUCAGGCCGGCCGGCUCGCAAGCUGUCUGGUUCAGCCCGCUUCAGGCUCGCUUUGACCGCCCCAACAUGUGGGGAUCUGACCCGGAGCUGCCGGUUCCGGGCAACGAGCUCCCCAUUAUAGUGCUCUACCAUGAACAGUCAGUGCUGUAUUCAGCUAGGCGCUUUCCAGGUGUGCCUACCGUUGCUUGCAUUACCGGCCUGGUUGAGCGAACGCCAGACACUGCACUGCUUGUGGCACCCAGGGGCAAUGCACUAGCUGAUGUUGACCAUUUUGGAGUUCGAUGUAGGGAUGCACUAGCUGUGUACCCCCUGGCCCCCCUUUCGGAUAGGGAGAGCAUUAUCGUGUUCCUGGAUGCACGACAGACCAGCCAGUUCAUCUUGCACAUUUUGCUGCCUUCGCAUGAUGUCGAGCCUAUUGUGUUGAUCAGGUACCUAGGUCUCAGUGCCCCUCCGGGUUGCCGUGUUGUACAUUGGCCGCGGGCCGACGCACAAGGCAUGCUCAGACUGUCAGAGGGCGAUACUGUCACCUUCGGUUUCGCACAGAUCGUCCCCUGGGAUCACGAUGACGAAGGGGAUAGCGAUCAAGGUGAUGAUCACCCUUCUGAUGACGGAGAAGAGAGCUCAUCUUCCCCGGAUCAGGACGAGUCCGAAGGCCCGACUGAAGGUCCCGACAUUGCAAGACCAGCACCCGUGCAGUCACAGCAGCGCAAUUCUUCCAGGUCCAGGUCGCCCAGGAACCACACUUGCCAGCCAGCUGCCCUCGUCCUCAUGACAUGCCAGACAAUCUUACAGCCCCUCCUGAUACAGGUCUUCUCGGCCCCUUUACAGGCAGGCUACACUGAGGGUCUACCCUUUAUCAUGCUGUCGGGAGAGAUGCUCGUUGUUGUCGGGGACAGGCUUGCCUUGCAUCAGCCAGUCCCAGCCCCACUUGAUCCGCCCACACAUGGUCCGCUUCGGGUCAGCGUCUUGAUCUUUGUACCAGACUACAAAACCGAGCAGGUCGUUGUGACAGUCAUGCUGCCCAUUUCGUCAGACGCCUUUUUGCGAAUUGUGCAGCAGCUCGUGACCCGCAGCACGCACAUCGGUUCCCGGUCUUGGUCCGAGGUUGCGCCAGAUGGGACCAUCCAAUGCCGUGCCGGGCAGUGCCUGUACAUCACCAGGUCACCGCGCUGGUGGACAGAGGCUGCACCUUUCAGGGAGCCGGACCCCGAUAUGUGCUACUGUUGCGUACAUGACUUGGGAUACCAGCUGUAUGCCAGUGGCCCUAGUCGGCCUUGGAACCACAGAGCAGACAUAGCGGCUGCUGUGGAGGUGCCCCUGAACAGCCUUGUCAUUACCCCUGCUGUCCCCAGGGUAUCGGAUUGCACGGUCAUCGGCUUGACAUGCCGUACUGUACUUGCUGCUGGACAUGGAGCGCCAGGGGCCAUCUUUGUCAUUGUCGAUUGUCGACCAUUGUUACAGGGAUGGUAUCGACAUUACUCCGGCCCUCAACUCGAUCUGGCAGCCCUCCUGGCGGAUUUAGGUGAGUUCACGCCUCUUGGAUGGACGGUGGCUCUGUUUUGCUCUGAUGGCAGUCCAGCUGGACCGUUGGUUGUGUCGGGCCAGGUCCUUACUGCGGCGUACGUCCCCGCUGAGGAUGCUGGCUUUGAGAUGGGUUCGGUUCCCCAGGAUCCUCCUUCGGAACCAGACCAGGGCCAUGGCCCACUGCCUCUGCAGCCCUCCUCCCCGGAUCCUGGUCCUGCAGGGACAGACCCGAGCAACCAAGCCGCCACCCACCGAGCUGGCGGAACCUUCCUUCCUGCAUCCUGUGCCCUCCAGCUAUCUCGCUUGACAUCAGACCUUGCUGGCGGCACUGUUCAGGAUCGCUCAACCGGGGAUUUGCUCAGCCUCUUUCUGGAUCCUUUGGGACCCACACUGCUGGAGAUCAGUGUCCAGGACCCAGCUUGUCGAGCCUUCUAUGAUGCUUCUAUUCUCCUGGAAGUCUUGACAGAUCAUUUCGCCACCACCGCGCACGAGAAUCAACAAGGGCCUGUUGCCACGAAGAGCCCUCCAGCAUUGCGACCGACGCUUCUCUUGGCUGAUAGGCUUGAGCUUUCUCAGCACCAGCGACACAGCCUCGAGCUUGCCGAGCUCCUGCCACAUUCACGCCCAGACCCACAGGAUGCUGCCAAUGACUGGCUGGACAAUGACCUCGAACCCGUGUUGCAUGAUGUCAAAGUGCCGUUGACCUUGCGCACCGCCUUUCUCAACAUCCGCCUAUGGCACCAGGCUCAGUGCCCACAGCCCAGUCUGCUUGAAGUCUUCACGGACGGGUCGGCUAGCAGUGACGCAGCUGAUAUUGCGCCAUGUGCUUGGGCACUUUCUGUGUGGGCACACUGUAAGGAUGGGCCCAUGCUCAUAGGACAGGCGGCCUCGCAGGCGAUGCCACCAGAGACCCCCUUCCAUGUCGGAGAACAGGAUGACUCUGCACAGACUGCCGAGUAUCUCGGUAUCAUCUGGGGCCUGGCUUGGGUUGCUGAGUUCGGUUUUCAGUAUAGGGUGCCGCACUGGAGUUGGAUGUGCCAUCUUUGGGGCGGCCAGAGCGCCCACGGACGGCUCGGCGACUUGCAGUUGACACGUGGCACCAGUGCUUACCGACCUGGCUGGCCCCAGUCAGUCGACAUCCCAUGCACACCGCCUGCAAGCUACACCAAAGCCGGUGUGGCAGCCGAGGUUGGCCUUGGUAUCACUGGCCGCAAGCUUGCUCUCAAACGGGCACUUGCACAACAUAGCCCCCUCCUCGUUGGCAUUCAGGAGACACGUUUGCAGGGUGAUAACAGACAGCCGAAUGCUGACUACAUUAUCCUGCAGUCCUCUGCCACUCCUGCCGGCACUGGCGGCUGCGCCUUGUGGAUCGCCAAGCACGUCCCAUACGCCAGCAGUAACCGGGAGCGCUUAUACAUCACUGAGGCAGAUGUCACUGUUGUUGCGCUCGGCCCACGCCAUUUCGUCGCUACCAUUAUGACCAGGUCGCUCAGCCUUGCUGUUAUGGUUAUGCACGUGCCCUCGCUGGCCAAGGCUCCAUAUAGCGAGGUCAAAGACUUCUGGCAGCAGCGAGCCAGCGACCUGGACCAAAGACCACAGGGUGCUGAGUACAUCGUCCUUGCCGACACUAACUCCCGGGUGGGCGGGGUGGUGUCAGAUCACAUUGGCCCUUUGGACGAGGAGCCAGAAAACCCAGCCGGGUGCACAGCGGCUUUUCUGGCACGUGGAAGCAGCCAGGGGGACAUCGAGGUCCUGCAAGCCCGUACCGACCACAUUCCGGUCCUCCUCACCUGCAGCUUCGCACGCAAUGCUCCUGCCGCCAACUUCUAUGUCAGCAGGAAGCGCACAAUCAGGCCGGACACUGCCCUGUACCAUACCCCAGAGGCUGCAGGUGUCAUCCAACAGGUGCCAACAUUUGCAUGGCAGGUAGAUGUUGACCCACACUAUGAAGGUCUUUCAACCUGCCUCCUCCAGGCUGCUGAGAGUCUGGACACAGUUCAACAGACUGCCCCUGUCCAGCAGUACCUUCGACCUGCUACCCUCGAGCUUGUGGAUCUCCGAGGAGCAUUGAGAAAGUACAUCAAAGCCGAGAAUGCAGAAAGGGAGCGACGACUCUGCAUGAUUGGCUUUGUUGCUUUCCGUCUGCACAGGCAGGGCAGCGGUUUCUCUGCACAGGCCACCAACACUGCUGGUAGGUGGCUGUCUGACAUUGACCACAGCAUCGCCAGAGCUGUGGCCCUGCUACAGUGGUAUGGCAGGCAGCUACGAAGAGCUGUGGCGGCUGAUAGGCGAGCAUACCUCCAGAGUCUGACUGCAGCCGCUGCCUAUCACGACCUUGCGGACCCCAAGUCCCUCUACCAGGCAAUUCGAAAGGCGUUUCCACAGGCACAGUCCUCCCGCAGAAGAGAGAGCCGAGUGCUGGAGGACGCAAUUGCUGCCCAAGAGGCCGGCGAAAUGGUCACUCACCAGGAGUACACCCGCAAGCUGGAGAUCAUGCAUGCCAGAUGCAGACCCCCAGCUUUCGACCUCUCAGCCAUUCCCACACUGACACAGGCUGAGCAGACGAUCUUGAGACUCCGCAAUGGCAAGGCCGCCGGGCCGGAUGGCCUCACCGCUGAGGUCUAUCGCCUGCACCCUCCGACUACGGCCCGCCGACUAGCACCGCUCCUGUUGAAAGUGUCGCUACGCAUUCAGGAGCCCGUAGGCUGGCGAG